AUGAGUACUUCUCUUUGUUUAUUUAAAUCAGUGUCAACACAACUCUAUCAGAAAUCGAUCAAUUGGGACAAUCGUGCCCAAGGUCAAUAUACAGAUGCUAUGGCCAAAGCUGACUUUGGUUCGGUCAGCGGAUGGAAAAACGAUCGUGCAUCGAUCUCAGACGGGAAAUUGCGUAUCACUUUACGAAAAAACGCAUUGGGUGGGGAAAGCGGUAUCAUAUCCAAUACAAGAAUCCCAGAUGGUUCUGCAUAUGAGUUGGAUUUUGACGUUCGGUUUCACAGUCAAUUCGACUGGAGUCGUGGUGGAAAAGUCGGUUUCGGUUUCGGCAUCGGAAAUCGAAAUACAGGAUGCAAUCCCCCAAAAGAUGGAGCGGGUGGAACUCUACGUUUAAUGUGGUACAAUGAUAAUAAACGAGUCUAUUUCAUUCCAUAUGUUUAUUAUUAUGGUAUGCCAGGGCAGUGUGGAGACAAGUUUGGCAAAUCGUAUCCAUCAACUGGUAUGAGUUCUUAUUCUUAA